AUGGCGACAACAAACGACCCAAUGCGCGUUGGAAUACUUGGCGCAGGCAUUGUGGGGCUUGCGUGCGCCUUGAAAUUUGUUGACGCUGGGUACAGUGUCAUCGUCGUGGCCAGAGAUCUACCGGGUGAUGCUUCUCAAGAUUGGGCGAGUCCGUGGGCGGGUGCGUUGCUUGCUCCAUAUCCCGGUGGUGACCAACAGAUGCAAGAAAUAUCCCUUGACUUCUACAACCGUCAUUCGAGCGUGGAGGGCACCGGAAUAAGUGUGAGCUUGCCCUUUUCCCUCGAGCUCAAAACUGAAAAACCGCAAUCUUAUGACAAGGCGCAGGAGUUGAGAAUUACGGAGUAUUACGAUGACCGCGACACAGACGAGACGAUAUGGUACAAGUCUCUGUUCUCGGACUUUACAUGGAUGUCAAAGUCGUCCUUGCCCCCACAUGCAAAGAUCGGGUUCUCUUAUACGGGCCUGACAGUUGAUCCUACAUUCCUGCUCCCGUGGAUUAUGGAGAGGCUGAGACAAGGAAAUGUCGAGUUUAAGCGUCACACGGUGAAAGCAUUGGGCGAAGUUCGUUAUUUGACUGGUGCGGAAUUGAUCAUCAAUGCUUCUGGCCUCGGAGCCGGCAGCUUGGCUCGUGACUCCUCAGUCGAGGCGAUUCGUGGGCAGACCAUGUUUGUCAGCAUCCCUCCUGAGCGAUCGGGUCUCUACAACCAGGCAUUUCUCUUUCAAGGAUCCGAGUAUACGUACGCGAUACCACGCCGUUUCAGUGGGGGGGUCAUUCUUGGCGGGGUGUCGCAGCACGGUUCCGAGGACCGGGGGGUACAAGCGGGCCUCCGCCGUGACAUUCAGCAGCGCAUCAACGCUGUGCCCAACCAGUCUUUCACUUGGCUAAAUGUAGAAGUCCCCAAUGUUGCCAUCAAGGACAUUGUCGGCUUUCGGCCGGGGCGCAAGGGCGGCUUACGGGUGGAACGAGAAGAUAACACGAUUCACGCGUAUGGUGCUGGUGGCUUAGGAUAUGUGUAUGCAUUUGGAAUGGCCGAACGGGUAGCUGAUUUAGUGACAAAGCUCAGCUCCAAGUUGUAG